UUAUUUUUUUAUUAUUAUUACUACUAUUAUUAUUAUUUAUUGUUAUUUUAUCUGUAUCUAUAUAUAUAUACACAUACACCUAUACACUCUGUUCGGAUUUUUUUCCCCGACAUUCCCCGUCACCGCGUCCGGGCGACACCGAUUUUUUACCGUUUUGCGUGUACCGCGUUUUCGGAUCGGCCGUGGCAAGUUCGGGGCGACCGGGCACGUUGACUACUAUAGCCGCGCAGUCGUGUAAGUAGCAGCAGCAGCAGCUGAAAAAUUAAAUAAAUUUCCCGUCUGACCGCCGACUUGCUGUGUAACUUACGUCUGUCUGUGUGUGUGUGUGUGUGUGUGCGUGUGUGUAUGUGUAAGUGUCUGCGUGUGUGCGCGCCGCCUAGUCAUAUAAGGCUAACCGAGUGUGUAAAUUGGCGUGUGUGCACAUGGUUUUUUUCGGUGGAAUAAUCGUUUUGCGUCAGGUACAACUCGUCGAAAUCAUCCACCACCGCGGUAUCGGACGACGUGUGCUAGAUAAUAAAUAAAAUCAAAUAUGUGCGUCGCGCUUCGCCGCUGUUGAACGGGUCCCGUCGACGACGAUAGAAAAAAUAGCAAACGCGUAUUCCGAUCGUUUUUUUUUAAAUGUUCCUACGCAAGGAGGCAGAAACAGGGUAUAUGUACAUGAAUGGGGACGUAGGAAAAAUUUCUUCUGGGGCGCUAUACAGUCCUCCUGAACCACUCACCGUUUCGACUGCCACAAACACUUCUUACAGCUCCUUAAAUGGAAGUUAUGAAGUGCCGGCGACGGAAAGUAGAAGUGGUUCAACAGUUGUAGCUGAUAACAAUAGCACAAUGGUAAAUGCUGAGACUUCUACUGAAACGAUGCCUUCCCAGUCGGUGGAGCAUCUUAAACAACUUCUUUCAAAUCAGUUAGAAUAUUACUUUUCAAGAGAAAAUUUGGCUAAUGAUACUUAUUUGUUAUCUCAAAUGGACAAUGAUCAAUAUGUGCCAAUAUGGACAGUUGCUAAUUUCAAUCAAGUUAAGAAGUUAACAAAAGACAUAAAACUGAUUACUGACGUGUUAAGAGAGUCUCCGAACGUGCAAGUCGACGAUGAAGGAUUAAAAGUUCGUCCAAAUCACAAACGUUGUAUUGUUAUUCUACGUGAAAUUCCUCAAACUACACCAAUUGAAGAAAUUAAGGGAUUAUUUGCUGGCGAAUCGUGCCCUAAAAUGAUUUCAUGCGAGUUUGCUCACAACAAUUCUUGGUACAUUACUUUUGAAAACGAUGAAGAUGCACAAAAAGCAUUUUUGUAUCUCCGAGAAGAGGUUAAAGAAUUUCAGGGUCGGCCUAUAAUGGCACGUAUUAAGGCUAAGCCUAUGAACCGUAUGGCAGCACCAAUAUCCCCUGGUUCGGUUGCUGGAAUGCCAGGCAUCAAAACGGUCAAUGGUUUCAGAACGCCACCGAUGCAAGCUCAACCUAUUAAUCCAUACAUUGAACAAGGUCCACCAGCUGGACCUCCAGCUCCUCCUCCUCAACAUCCUCAGGCUGCUAGGUUAUAUUAUACCAACGGAGGACCACCUCAAUACGCUCCAGUCAAUUAUGCCGCUAAUUUACAAGUAUAUUUACAGCAGCAACAGCAGUCUCCCUAUUACCCGACUAACAUGUUACAACACUGGCCUCAUCCAGCAACAGGAGCCUAUUAUGCGACUGAUAUUGGUGGAAUAUUUUCUGUGAACGGGUUGGCUCCCCAAGGAGCUUUUACUAAACCUCAGAAUUCAAGAUACAAUCUAUCUCGUGCGCCUGGUAGAAGCAGUGGGAAAAUGCGGCACAAUUCUGUCGGUGGUAGUGAAUAUUAUCGUAGCUCGGCGUCUGAUAGUGGCUUACCUUCGCGUCCUGGUAGCUAUACAUCUAAUGGAAGUCUCACUAAGUCAUCAAGCAGUAGUGGAUCAUUGCAUAUUUCCAAUGCGACCAGAAACUAUGUUGAUAAUCAAGACUCCCCGAAUGUGGUAGAGAGGCAGUCAAGCGGAUCAAUAAAUAUCCCAAAAGAUCCCACAACAUUACCACCCAGGUAUAGACGAAGGAAGAAGGAAGAUGAAGUAGGACCAGAAGUAACUGCAGGUACCCUACCCCAACAACCAACAGGCUCACAAAGUUUCGAUUUGGCGGCUGACGCAUUUCCUCCGUUACCACCUCAAAUUGUGUCCAUACCACACCAAUCGCCGACUUCACUGCCCCUUGACUUGUUAUCUCCUCGCAAUCAUUUCGAUUCCCGGAAUUCUGUCGUACCUACGUCAAAUAUAUCAGUAGUUCCGCCUGAACCUUCUGUACCCAAGACUGAAGAUACAGACUCUGCUGUGAAUACAGAAAGUCUGACAAACGGUUCGCAAACGGUGUUACCCGCUUCUGUUCGGUCAGCGCCGGUCCCCGUAAUUGUUGAUGACGUUUCUAAUAUGUCUCUUAGUUCUGUUAACUCGCACUCUCAGGUUCAGGAUAUUGUUACGCCUUCAAAUUCUACUACAAAUCCUAUAGAUAAGACUGCAAUGCCAGCUAAAACUGACACGUCAACGCUGACAACUACGCCCAAAGCCAAUGGUACAUCUAAUUUUAAAACAACAGUAUCGAAUAUUAAGGCUGCGCCGCCAUCACAAAGUGCUGCUUGUGUUAUACCACAACCACCUGCUACGUUUUCUGCAGACAUGGCAAAUAACAAUCCUAUUCUUAAUGGAAAUGGCUCUCCAAAUAUUGGGCACAAACUAAGUUACGCGCAAGUAGCACAACAUCACAAAGAGAGAAACGAUAGUCAAGUUUCUAAUACUAAUUCAUUUGGGCAAACUACUAUUAUUGAAGAAGACAAAAAAGAAGAAAGUGCACCAGUCGCAAUUCCUCAAGUCAAACAAUCAAAUCUUCAACCAGAGAGUCAUACGUCAAGUCGACCUUCUAAAGGACACAGAGCAGCAAUAAAUAGCGACCGGGGAACAACGCCUAGAAAAGAGCGAACACCAAAGUUAAACCAUUCUAAGUCACCCAAAUAAACACACAUCGGGCCAAGAAUAAAAAUAGAUAUAUCACUCUUCCUUAAAUAAAGUGGAUAAGCAACAUUUAAGUCAUUUGUCUAUUAUCGAUCCACACCAAGAACGGCAACGAGUGUGAACACUGGAUGGUAUCGGCACAACAACAAAAAAAAAUUGUAAUAUUGUUAGGCCUAUAAAAAAUACCAGUGAUAGAUAAAAACAUCCCCCCGUCCUACUAUCGUAACUUAAUUAAGUUGUCCAAAUUAUUAUGUUUAUCGUUAGUUUUUUUUAUAUACAUAAGGUUAAAAAUAUCUUAUGAUUGUUUCCUUUUAUGAAAAAAUACAUAAAGCAAAACAACUUUGAAACAAAACUACCUAUAAUAAUAUAUAUAUUAAAGAAAUUUAAAUAACAUAGCUGUGAUAAAAAAAAAAAAUAUGAUAUAUUAAACACUUAAAUUAUAAUAUAUGUUUAUACAUAACAUAUACAUAUAUAUAUAUAUACACACAUAUAUUAUGUUUAUGUAUAUACAUUUACAUGUAUAGUAUACUGAAUUUAUAUUUUUUAUUCAUUAUUCGCAUUGACGAAAUGUAACAAUAAUUAUAUUAAACGCAUCAUGCAUUGAAAUUUCAAUAUAGGAUAACGUUUCAAUGUAAAUGUGUAUUUUCAUAAAAAAUUUUAAACCAACUUUGCGAUUACUUUUUACAUUUUACAUUUUUUUUUUGAAAUAAUAUGCUUCUCGUAUUAUACAAUAUUGUGGUAAUAGUUCGGUCGUGCACGUAAUCGUCUUUCAUUUUAGACGUUUCUUAUUUGAUUUUGAAAAAUGUAAUUAAUUUGUGCGCUGUUAAAUUUGACUAAAUAGUUACGAACAAAAUUAUGAAAAUUUCACAAAACCAAUCACAAUAUAUAUAUAACAAGACGACAAUUGGGCGUAUUAUUAUUUUGGUUGUUUAGACGUACGAGGGAUUCGAAUAUAUUUGUUUUAAUCUCGCUUAUCACAGUGUUGUUAUAUUUUUUAUACAUAUUUAAUAACAACAAUGUUGUUUUGUUUUGUCUUUAUUUUCUAAGUACCACUUGUGAGUAAUUUUUGGAAAUCGGUUCUUACGUUUUUGUGUUGUUGUUAAAUUAAUUAUUUCAAUUAUAUUUUCUUGCCCUGAAAACUUUUUUUUGUGUAUUCCCAAUAUAACAAUAACGGCACAGUUAAAACAUGUUCAUAUUCAUUAAGGACCAAAUGUUAAUUAUUAUUUCAUACCUUCUUAUUACUUAUCUUUAUUUGUUUUAAUUUCCUAUCAAAAUACUACAUCCCUAAAAUAACACCGAAAAGAAUAAUAUUUUAGUUGUAUAAAUAAAUAAAAAACCAAAAAAAACCUAUAAAAAAAAAUAAACGAAAAAAAAUGUUUUUUCUUGUUAUUAUUUUUAUUUACUCAACUUAAAUAUUAUGUAAUGGACUUAAAUUGAAUAUUACAAGAUUAAGCAUCACAAUUUAUUUUAAGUAAGAAUUCAAUACACUAUAUUAUUAUCAUAUCCUCGAUAUCAUUUCAGUUUUAUCAAUAUACCUAUUUCUUAGUAUAAAAAAAAAAUAUAUAAUUUUUCUUUUAAAUUCGAUAUAUUAUUAUUAGUAAUGAUAAAAACACUUAGUAUUUUAUUUUUUACCAAGGCCAUAAUGAAGUAUGGCCAACCAACUGUGUUAAGUUAGUUAAAUAAUAUUGUAUAUUAAUGUAUAAGAUAAAAGUUCUUCUCUUCAUAAUAAUAAUAUAGGUAAACAAAAAUUUUUAGUAAAUUGUCACAGGUUGGGUUUUUUUUUUUCAUUUUAGUUUGUUUCUUUUUCCAUGCAUCCAUUUGCUGUUAAAUUCUGAAAUAGUAAUUAUCAGAAAGAAAAGUAAAGCGUGAUGGAUAUUUGUUGUGUGUAAAUAUGAAUUAUUUACUACUAAUGGCUUACGUAGCCGAUAUUGCUCAAUAUCCAUUACAGACGAUGUUUUUUUUCCGAACACGACUUUUACAUAAUCAUUUAAUACAAACAAAAAUACUUUUUAAAUCAAACACAACCAACCAAAAAAUUCAAUUAAGCUAAUGUAAAGUAAAAACGAUAAAUUUAUAAUUUCAUUCAACCGUUGUUUAAAAAAAAUAUUGUUAUGUCCAAAUUUUAAAACCUUCGAAUCAAAAACUGCUUGCAUAUUUUGUUUCUGUUAGUUACCAUGAUGAUUUGUCAUUUUUUUUUUCUAUCUUAUUAAUAGGCAAACCGAUGAACUGUAAGACAUGCUUAAUGAAUUGUAAAUAAAUUGUGAUCUUUGUUUAUUGGUAGCUGAAAGUUUCAACAAAUUUUCAAGGUUUGAAAAAAGAAAUAGUUAACGAAAAUAUUAUUAUUAAUUAUUAUUAUUAUUAUUAUUAUUAAUUAUUAUCAUUAUUAUUAUUAUCAUUAUAUUAUUAUUAUUAUCAUUAUAAUUAUUAUUUAUUUAUUAUUAUAUUAAUUUUAUUGAAUUUGUUAAUUGUUACAUUGUGGUUGAUACAAUUUCCCAGUGUAUUGAAUGGCCAUAUAUGUGUUAUGUUUGUUGUUUAUUGUUUUAUUUAAUAGUAUAGGUAUAUGGCUUAAUAGAAUGUAUAACAAAAUAAGAAGAAAAAAAAUUAAGCUCAUAAUAAAAACCCAUUAGGUAUUUUGUUUGUUUUUUUUUUUUGUUUUUAGUUAUUUAAUAAUAAUUCAAAUGGGUUAUAUUGUGUUAUUUUGUAAUCUUUAUUUUCAAAUGCCUUGAUAAUGGUAAUAAUUUUUUUUUUAAUUUAUACAUUUCAAGAUCGUUUUAAAAAUGUAAUUUGUAGUUGGAAGGAUACUGGGAUGACAUUAAUUUUUUCUUUUGACAAAUUGUAUAUUUUUUUAUUAAUUGUGUAUAUAUUUGUUAUCUUUUUUUAAAUAUCUUAAUAGCUAAAUUAACAAUACAAAUGAGAUUCAAAGUGGAAUUAGGAACUAAUUUCCCUUAGUGCUAGUCAUGGAAGGCUAAUUUAAUAAUAUUGUUAAUACACUCGCGCAAUAUGUACGAUUUAUCGGAAUUUAUUAAUAUUUCAGUUAUUAUUUCUCCACCCUGUAAUUACUGAUUUUUUUUUUGUAGUAUACCAAUCGUUAUUGUCAAGUAUAAAUUUAAAAUGAAACAGCUUAAAUCAAAUGUUUUUAAAACACGUGUACUAAGGGGAGGGAAAUCGUAAGCAAAAGUUAAUUUUAAAUUGUAUAAUUACUUAACGUACGAGAUUACGAUAAACAACUAGUUUAAGUAUUGGCUAACGACGCAGAUGUCUUAAAAGAAAAAGUUACACCUAAUAGUCGAUAUUAUACUCUUAUUUUAUUUGAAGACAAUUUGUGUUUUGUACAUCUUUUUUUUUUUAAAUAAAACCGUAACAUUUUUAUUGAAAUAUAUAUGUAUAAAAAUAAUAUUUUUAAUUUAAAAUUAAUAUUAUUAAACUAUUGGUUUGUUGAUUUUUUUUUUUUUUAUGUUAAAUUUAUUAUGAUAUGUUUUAGUCACUGAAUUAAUAUGCAAAAUGAAAAAAAAUAUUGAAGCUCAAUAGUGUUAAAUUAUUUUACUUGCCUUGAUUUUACGACGUUGUGUUAAACAUUUUUAGUUCCAUUAAUUGUUGUAACUGUUUAGUUUUAUGAUUUAAGUAUAAUUUACUAAUAUAUAAACAACUGUAUAUAUAUAUAUACAUGAGAAAAUUGAUCGUUAUCACAAAUCGACUCAAAUUUUAUUUUUGAUAAAUAACUAUUGAGAAAUGUAUAGAUAUUCCAAUUAUUAUAUAUAUGUAUAAAAAAUAUAUAUAUAUAUAUAUAUAUAAAUAUUAUUUGUGCCUUGGCCUUCAAAAUUAUUUAAAUGAUUGACAAACAAAAUAUUUAAGGACUACCCGUAAAUAUCCAGAAUUUGUAUUAUUAUACCGGUUAUGCAUCAACUAACGUCAAUUCUCUCCUUUUUAUCGUUCAGCCUGUAAUAAUGUGCCUAAUUCCACUUAUAUAUACUUAUAUAUAUAUAUAUAUAUACAAAAAAAAGAAAACUAAGUAUUUAUUAAUUAUAAAUAACUGUUAAUAAAUACUGUUGAAUAUAUAUAAAUUUAAUAUUCAUCCGAUAUUAUGAUGUGUACGACUUAACAAUAAUAAUAAUAAUUAUAUUGAGACAAUUUAAAGUUGCAUUAACGUUUGAAACCAGUUGACUGAUUCAUUAAUUAUUCUGUUUAGAUUUGAAAACUAUUUUAACUUAUUUAUAUUUAUAUAUUUUUUUGAAAAAUGCAUAAAUAAUAAUUAUUAUUAUUAUGAUUAUAAUGAUAACUACAAUAAUUUUGAAUAUUAAAAUAUAAUAAUCAAUUCGGUUAUGUAAUUUGUUAAGGUGUAAAUAAUAUGUUCUUUCAAACUGGAUUUCAUGACCAACUCGUGAAAAAUUGAUAAACGUGAACGUCGACAAAGCUUCGUUUAGAUUUGUUUUUCUGUUUUUCGAUAAAACUGUGUGCGAUUCAUGCGGACGGAUGAUUAUGUACGAAUUAAUGUGUUUUAUGUUCAUGGAGUCUUGUUUGAUUUUGAAUUUUUGUGAUAUUUGAUUAUUAAUCUUAUAAAUAAUACAUAUAUUAUAUUAUAUUAUGAUAUAUAUAUAAAAAAAAAACAAAUAGCUGAUAUUGUUUUUAUUGUAUUUUAUCAUAGAAAUGUAAUAAUUAUAUGGUAAUUGUACAAUAACGUAACGUG